AUGAUGACUACAGAUUCAUUAAAUAUUCCUAUUACAAAUCAUAUUGCAACUCUUCUUGAUGAUCUUAUUACUUGGCGAACUAUUGGCAAUAAACAAUCAGAUACACGAGAAACAACUAAUAUUCAACCGCAUGGUGGUGCUUGGAUGCCAGCUGAUCGUUCAUUCGAUCGAAUUUUAUUUUGGCGUACAAUUGAAAAAAAUUCUUUUCAAUUAUUUGAAUAUUCAAUGUCAUGUAAUCUUUUACAUAAUGCUCUUCAAAUUCAAUUCGGUAUGCCAACAACUGUUUUACCAAAUGUUUUUAUUGUUGAAUUACCUGAUCGACAAGAAAUUUGUCUUAUGCUUGCAACACAUAUUGGUGUUUAUCGUUGGAUUUUAAAACAUCCAACUAUAUCUAAUAAUGAACAAUUAGAACAAUCUCAAUCAAUACUUACGGAUAUAACAGAUGAUUAUUUAAUUAAUCGAAAUCAUUUUUAUCGACAAGAUUUACAAUUAUAUACCCAAGUAACUUGUGCUUAUACAAAUGACCAUCUUAUUUAUGCUUUAUUUAAUGAAAUGGAAACAAUUAUUCUUCGUUUUGAUAAUCAAGAUUAUUUAAACUCACCACAACAAUUAACAUUUCCAAAACGACAAUCGGCAGGUUUAUUUAAUUUUCUUUGGAAUCCAAAUAAAUCAAUAUCAUCUAAUCAACAAAAUCAACCAUUGAUUGCUGGUCAAACGACAGUCAUUUAUAGUGCGAUGACAAUGACAAUCAUACUGUAUGAUAAUGGUCUACUGCGAUUUUUGUCCGAUCAUUUGGAUACAAUUUUAUAUGAAUAUAAUUUAUCAGUUGAUCUUCCUCGUUUAUCAUCAAAAGUUCCAACAAAAAUGUUUUUAGAUUAUUGUCAAUAUGAAACAUUUUCUGAUGAACUUGUAACACGUUUAUUUGUAAUUAUUGAUUCAAAUGAUCUUCUUCAUAUGCUUAUAUAUGAAUUUCAAUAUGAUCAAACAAAUAAUUUUAAAUAUUCUCUAUAUCAAAAUAAAUCUUAUACAAAAAGUAUUCAAUCCAAUGAUCAUUCACAUUUACCAAAUGGUUCAUCAUUAACAUCAAUAACAUGUACAAAUGAUAGACUUAUAUUACAAUUAUUAACAAAUCAAAAUCGUUCAAUACUUUUAUUAAUACAAUAUGAAUUAAAAACAAAUAAUCGUGAACAAUUUAUUGAAUUACCAAUGGAUUAUAAUGAAAAAUAUAUAAAUGAUGAAUCAACAACAAUUGAUGAUAUUGAACGAAGACUUAAUUCACCAGGACAAUUUACUAUUGAUAUGAUUAAAGAUGCACUUUGGAUUACAUUUAAUCUUAAUUUAGAUGAAUUAAAUCAAUCAUGGAUAUCAUUAACACAAAUUCUUCAACAAUUACCAAUUAUUCUUCAAAGUUUGAUUUCACUUGUAGGAAAGAGAAAAAGAAAUACUAUCAGAAGUUAUAAAAGUCCAUUAAAAGAAAAUCAAAAAACAAAUCCAAGUAAACGUCAUCGUGAACGCUUAAAUGGCGAAUUAGAAAACUUAGCAUCAUUAUUACCAUUUGAAUCAUCAAUAUUAACUAAACUUGAUAAAUUAUCAAUAUUACGAUUGGCUGUUAGUUAUUUACGUGUUAAAUCUUAUUUUCAAGCUACAUUUAAAAAUCGUCAACAUCUACAAACUCAACAGCAACAAUAUGAAGCUACAUCAUCAACAACAAGUUCAUCAACAUCAUUAGGUCUUUGUCAAGAGAUAUAUUAUCAUGAUCCGACAUUCAGUGAAGGAGAAUCAAUUUUAGAAGCUUUACAAGGCUUUAUUAUUAUUGUUAGUUGUGAUGGUGAAUUAUUUUUUGCAUCAAGAACUGUUGAACAAUAUCUUGGUUUUCAUCAAUCAGAUAUACUUCAUCAAAGUGCAUUUGAAUUAAUUCAUUCAGAAGAUCGGGAUGAAUUUAAGAGACAUUUACAAUGGAAUGAAAAAAUUACGACUGAACAUCAAAAUUUAACAUUAGAACAAAUAUUAACAAAUUCCGAACAUGAUCAUCUAUUACAAAGAACAUUUACUGUACGAUUUCGUUGUUUACUUGAUAAUACAUCAGGUUUUGUGACUUCACCACUAAAAACAAAUCAUUUUAUUUUAUUUUCACAGACAUUAGAAAUAGAUGGACGAAUAGGAAUUUUAUAUGGGCAAAAGCCAUCACAUACAUUGGAUGAUCAUCGUUCAUUAGCAUUGUUUGGUAUUGCUUGUCCAUUUGGACCACCAUCUUUAUUUGAAAUUCCUCAACGUGAAAGUUUAUUUAAAUCAAAAUAUCGUUUAACAUUAGAACCUGUAUCAUUAGAUCCAAGAGGAAAAUUAAUUUUAAGUUAUACAGAUCAUGAUUUAACACAAUUAGGUAGUGGAUAUAAUUGGAUACAUUCAGAUGAUUUAAAAUAUUAUUCGACUGCACAUAAAGAAUUAUUAAAAACCGGUACAUCAGGACUUGUUUGUUAUCGUAUUCAAACUAAAGAUGGUCGUUGGCAAUGGUUACAGUCAUCAAUGAGAAUUAUUUAUAAGAGUAAUAAACCCGAUUUUGUCAUAGCAAAUCAUCGACCAUUAACUGAUGAUGAAGGUGAAGAAUUAUUUUAUAAACGUGGAACUGAAUUUAAAUUACCAUAUCCAUGUUUAUAUGAUUUUGAUACAAAUUUUAAUUCAACUAUAAAUGAUGAUGAAAAUUAUACAUUAAAACAUCAUACAUCAUUAAUUAAAAAUUCAAAUACUAAUUUAUCAUUAACAAUAACAAAUAAUACACGUACAACAAAAAAAAAUUCUAAAGCAACAAUUAAACAACAAACAAUUAAUCCAUUUACAUCAAAUACAUCAUCACCAUCAACAUCAUCAUCAUCAUUUGAUCCAUAUUAUAAUUCAUAUCCAUCAGCAUAUGUUUCAUCAUAUCCAACUGAUGUAACAACAGCAAGUUUUAUUGAAGCUGCAACAAAUAAUUAUACAACAAAUACAAAUAAUCAAAAUGAUUUAUUAUUAGUUAAUGAUACAAAUCCAUAUAGUGGAACAUAUUCUAAUUAUUAUGCAGCUGCAUUACAACAACAAUAUCAAAAUAGUUUAACACCAUAUCAUGCUGUUUAUUAUCAAGAUACAAAUAAUCGUUAUUAUACUAAUCAUCGUACAUCACCAAUAAUCAAUGAACAAAAUUAUCAUCAACAUCAACAACAUCAACAACAACAACAGCAACAACAACAACAUACACAUGAAAAUUAUUUAAUUGAUACAAAUAAUUCAAAUAAUCCAUAUUCAUAUUAUUUAUAUAAUAAAAAUCCUCCAAUUACAAGUCAUGGACAUGAUUCAAAUAAUAAUCUUUCUUUAUUUGAUGUUUCUGUACCAUCACCUAUUCAUCAUUCUGUUAUAAAACAUUCGACUAAAAGAUAG